GCUUUUCGUAUCUACACAACUAAACAAUCCCAUUCCCCUGUUUCAUGGUCAAAAGUUACCCGCAAUAAACUCCAAAAAUGAGAUUCAAUAACGCUUAGAUUAUGGGAAAACAACAAAAAAAAAUCCCAAACCCACUUGCACCUGUGCUUUAAUUCAGUAGAAUAUAUCAGACUUAGGCACUAAACAGGAUAGACCCAAGAAAAUAUACCCACAAAGCAGCUUCUUUUGUACAAUACACAGAGUAAAUACAUACAUACCUCGGCUUACGGAGGUGUGUGGAUUGGGUGAGCUAAUAAUGGGAAGGCAAUGGAUUCUGAUGUGUGGAUGGGCUGGAGUUGUCGUGCAUUUGUUCUUGGUUGGAGAGAGCUCUUUGAAGACCCCAUUUAGAAAAUUUUCAGGAAGCAUCAACGGCCAAGAACCAAUGCUGUCGCCUCCAAUCAAUUUGCAUAUACUGGAUCAGCAUGUUGUGAUGGACAAUGGCCUUGUCACUGUCACCUUGUCUUCCCCUCAGGGUAUGGUCACUGCGAUACAGUAUAACGGAAUUGACAAUUUACUGGAACCCAAUAGAGAAACAAACAGAGGGUAUUGGGAUGUCGUUUGGGGCAAUCCAGAACAUCUUAGUGGAACAUAUGACCUGCUGGAAGGAACACGUUUUAGCGUUGUAAUGGAAGAUGAAAAUCAACUAGAGCUCUCUUUUACAAGGACAUGGGAUUCCACCCUGGAUGGUGAUGUUGUUCCCCUUAACGUAGACAAAAGGUUUAUAAUGCUGCGUGGCUCCCCAGGUUUCUACUCGUAUGGAAUAUUAGAACACUUAGAUGGAUGGCCAGAUGUAAAUAUCUACCAGGGAAGGAUUGUAUUCAAGCUUGAGGAGAGACUGUUUCAAUACAUGGCGGUAUCAGAUGAAAGGCAAAGGAUCAUGCCAACAAAUGAGGACCGCGUGAAUGGCCAAGUUCUUGACUACCCUGAAGCUGUUCUAUUGACAAAUACAAGCAAUCCAUUUCUUAGAGGGGAGGUGGAUGACAAGUAUCAAUAUGCAUGUGAUGACAAAGACAACCGGGUUCAUGGGUGGAUUUGCGCUGACCCACCUGUUGGAUUCUGGAUGAUCACCCCGAGUGACGAGUUCCGAACCGGUGGGCCUGUCAAGCAAGACCUCACCUCACACGUCGGUCCAACCACCUUGUCUAUGUUUUUCAGCACCCAUUAUGCUGGGGAAGGUCUGGCAAUAAAAUUGCGAUCUGGCGAGCCAUGGAAAAAGGUGUUUGGCCCUGUUUUUGUCUACCUAAACUCGGCUUCACCCGACGAGGAUGUCCAAACACUUUGGGAAGAUGCCAAAGAACAGAUGUUGAAAGAAACCCAAAGCUGGCCAUAUGAUUUCCCUCUUUCAGUAGACUUCCCUCGUGCCAAUCAACGAGGCACAGUUUCUGGUCGAUUACUAGUCCGCGACAGGUACAUUAAUGAGGCCCUUAUGACUGCGAACUCAGCUUUUGUGGGGUUGGCUUCCCCAGGAGAUACUGGAUCGUGGCAAAGAGAAAACAAGGGUUAUCAAUUUUGGACUCAAGCUGAUGCUGAAGGGUUCUUUUUUAUUAAAGGCGUCCGAGAUGGAAAUUACAACUUAUAUGCAUGGGUACCAAGCAUUAUUGGGGAUUACAAAUAUGAAGCUUUGAUAAACAUUAUACCAGGAAGACAUAUAAGACUAGGUGCUCUUGUUUAUGACCCUCCAAGGGAAGGUCCUACCGUGUGGGAGAUAGGGAUCCCUGAUCGGAGUGCUGCUGAAUUCUAUGUGCCAUACCCAAAUCCGGCUCUAAUGAACCAGUUAUAUGUCAACCUCUCGGACAGGUAUAGGCAAUAUGGAUUGUGGGAUCGGUACUCUGAUGUCUAUCCGGAUGAGGAUCUUGCCUACACUGUGGGCAUUAGCAAUUAUGAGACGGAUUGGUUCUUUGCCCAAGUUAAUAGGAAUGUAGGAAAUAAGACUUACAUACCAACCACAUGGAGAAUCAUAUUUGAUCUGGAUGAUGUGAGCGAGACUGGAAAUUAUACACUCCGUUUAGCAAUAGCAUCAGCCCAUGAAGCCGAGCUCCAAGUUCGAGUCAACGAGGCAGAUGUCACAACACCCCCUCACUUCACAACCGGGUUCAUAGGGAAGGACAAUGCUAUUGCAAGGCAUGGGAUUCAUGGCUUGUAUUGGCUAUAUGCAACGGAGAUAUCGGGAUCUCAACUUGUUACUAGAAGCAAUACAAUCUAUUUAACACAGUCAAGAGGCAAUAGCCCUUUCAAAGGUAUCAUGUAUGACUAUAUACGUUUAGAAGGGCCCCCUGAAACAAAGUAGGGCUGGAUAUGGAUUCAUUCUUUCAGUUUGUUUAAAUUGUAGAAGCAAUGUUAUCUCCUGAUGCGGACCAUACAAAGAGGUCCUGGGUAUUGGGUAAUUUCAUAUGGUUGGAAGUUAUGGCCUUCUGGACGGGAUGGUUCUAAGGCCUAAAUUUGGCACAUAUCCAACUUGGGAUAUUGGCUUAGACAUUGGUUGGAUUCUUAAGGAGUGUCUUUUGGGUUUUAGUCAAGUCAAAAUAUCUAUUUAAUUUCUAGUCAAAGUCUUUAGAGUUAAUUAGUUGAUCAAAGAGUGAUUUGGUUUUUCCAUGUCAUUAAUGUUAAGUGUAGUCAAAGCGUCAAUUAGUUGAUCUAAGAGUCAUAAGUUUUUCCAUGUCAUUAAUGUAGUCGAAGAGUCUAUGUUCAAUGUGUCUUUGGAAGUCUAAAGUUAGUUGAAGGUUAUUAUGUUA